CACUUUAUUGUUCCAAAAAAUCUUCAAUAUGUCAAUGGACCUCGACCCAGAUGAAGUCUUUCGUGACGAUGAAGAUGACCCUGAAAAUGAAUUCUUCAAGGAAAGAGAUGCUACUAAGGAAUUAUUGGUGUAUCUUGUGGAUGCUUCACCUAAAAUGUUUUCUACUACUUGCCCAACGGAUGAUGAAAAGACUGCAACUCAUUUUCAAGUUGCCAUCAAUUCCAUUGCACAAUCUCUCAGAACUCAGAUUAUUAAUAGGUCUUAUGAUGAAGUUUCUAUAUGCUUCUUUAACACUCGGGAAAAAAAGAACUUGCAGGACCUAAGUGGCGUUUAUGUAUUUAAUGUUCCAGAAAGAGAGGAUCUGGACAGACCAACAGCUAGGCUAAUUAAAGAAUUUGAUCAAAUAGAAGAAAGAUUUGAAAAAGAAAUAGGAAGUAAGUACGGAAUUGUGCCUGGCUCUCGUGAGAAUUCUCUUUACAAUGCUCUUUGGGUUGCACAAGCCCUUCUCCGUAAAGGAUCUGCAAAAACUGCUGAUAAACGCAUUCUCUUGCUUACAAAUGAAGAUGAUCCUUUUGGUAAUCUCAAAGGUGUCAUAAAAGUGGAUAUGAUGAGGACAACGAUGCAGCGUGCCAAAGAUGCUCAAGAUCUUGGUAUUACAAUUGAGCUUCUUCCACUAAGCCGGCCAGAUGAUGAGUUCAAUGUUUCCCUUUUUUAUGCUGAUUUACUUGGUCUGGAGGGUGAUGACCUUGCUCAGUUCAAAGCUCUGAUAGGAGAGAGGUUUGAAGAUCUGAACGACCAGCUAAGGAAACGAAUGUUUAAGAAGCGCAGAGUUCGAAGACUUAGAUUUGCAAUUUUUAAUGGAUUAUCUAUCGAACUUAACACCUAUGCUUUGAUCCGUCCAACUAAUCCAGGGACAAUUACUUGGCUUGAUUCGAUGACUAAUCUUCCUUUGAAGGCUGAGAGAUCCUUCAUAUGUGCUGAUACUGCUGCUAUAAUUCAGGAGCCUCCAAAACGCUUUCAGUCUUACAAAAAUGAGAAUGUCAUGUUUUCUGUGGAUGAGCUUUCAGAAGUCAAAAGAGUUUCAACUGGACAUCUUCGUCUGCUGGGCUUCAAGCCAUUGAGCUGCUUAAAGGACUAUCAUAACCUGAAGCCAGCAACUUUUGUCUUUCCCAGUGAUGAGGAAGUGGUUGGAAGCACUUGUCUUUUCGUUGCUCUCCACAGAUCAAUGUUGCGGCUUAAGCGUUUUGCAGUUGCUUUCUAUGGGAAUUCAAGUCAUCCUCAAUUGGUUGCUCUUGUUGCACAAGAUGAAAUAAUGACUCCUAGUGGUCAAGUUGAGCCACCAGGGAUGCAUCUGAUUUAUCUUCCAUAUUCUGAUGAUAUCAGACAUGUUGAAGAGCUUCAUACUGAUCCUAAUUCCGUGCCUCAUGCCACUGACGACCAGAUAAAGAAGGCCUCCGCUUUAGUGAAACGUAUUGACCUCAAAGAUUUUUCUGUGUGCCAAUUUGCUAAUCCUGCAUUGCAGAGACAUUAUGCAGUAUUACAAGCUCUUGCACUUGAUGAAGAUGAGAUGCCUGAAAUUAAAGACGAGACUCUUCCAGAUGAAGAAGGAAUGGCCAGGCCUGGUAUUGUCAAAGCAUUGGAGGAAUUCAAGCUCUCUGUUUAUGGAGAGAACUAUGAGGAAGAGGACUCAAACAUUGAAGGAAAAGCUGAACCAACAAGGAAACGAAAAGCAAAUGCUAUAAAAGAAUAUGGUAAUUAUGACUGGUCUGACCUUGCAGAUAAUGGGAAGUUGAAGGACUUGACAGUUGUAGAAUUGAAGUAUUACCUAGGUGCACAUAACCUUCCUGUCACUGGAAAGAAAGAAGCCCUGAUUAGUAGGAUCUUAACUCACAUGGGUAAGUGAGUUGUGACUAUUUCAGAUCUUUGGCUGUCUGCCAUAAGUUUGUACAGAAUGGUUCUUUUUGUUGCAGCCUGUUGACUAGUUAGUUUUUCUUUCUAUUUGAGACCAUUAUGUCUUGGCAUUAUUAUGGAAAUUAA